AUGAUGAAACGGCUGACAGGCGCAGUCGGCAGGCGCAUCUCUCUCAUCACCCCCCUCUCUCUCCUCCUCCUCGUCUUCCUCUGUCUAGUGUACCCACCCGCGAGCCCCGUCUUCCCCCUCCCUCCGAGCUCAUCUCUCCUCGGCCGCUGUUCAUCCGAUCCUCCUCAGCUGCCUUCUGCUCAACGAGGAGAUGCGGUGGCGGAAGGGGAGGUUCUGAGGGGGAGGAAACCCCGGCUGGGCAGCUCCCGGAUCGCGGUCUGCCUCGUCGGCGGCGCCAGGCGGUUCGAGCUCACUGGGCCGUCCAUCGUGAAGAACAUCCUGGAGGAGUAUCCCAACGCCGACCUCUUCCUCCAUAGUCCGCUCGACAAGAAUGCCUUCAAGUUCUCCAUCCUCAAGGGAUCCCCGCGGGUCGCCGCCGUCCGCAUCUUCGUCCCGGAGCACAUCAACGAGACCGAGCAGCAGGCCAGGGUCCUCACCUCUCACGGCUCUCCCAAUGGGAUCCAGGUACGCUGCCCUUUCCUGUAGAGAGAGAGAGAGAGAGAGAGAGAGAGUAACUUGCUGGUUAGGCUCAUCUGAUUGCUUUUGCAUGGCCGUGAAAUUCUGGCAGGGCCUUCUUCAGUAUUUCAGCCUCGUGGAGGGGUGCCUAGAGAUGAUCAGGGCUCACCAGACCCGCAGAAACUUCACCUAUGACUGGAUCGUCCGCACCCGCGUGGACGGCUACUGGUCGGCGCCGCUUGAUCCUGCCAUCUUCGUCCCCGGCGUUUACCUCGUCCCACCGGGCUCCCGGUACAGCGGCCUCAACGACCGGUUCGGCGCCGGCGACCAGCGCACCUCACUGGCUGCCCUCUCCCGCCUCUCCCUCAUCCCCCGCCUUGACGCCGCCGGCCGCCGCGGUCUCAACUCGGAGUCCGCCUUCAAGGCCCAGCUGGACGAGUCCCAUGUCCGGUACGGGGAGCAUCCUCUUCCCUUCUGCGUUCUAAGCGACCGCCAGUACGGCUUCCCGCCGGCAGGGAACGGCGUGCCGGUGGCGUCGAUGGGGAGCCGCGGGCCGCUCAGCGGCGCCAAGUGCCGCCCCUGCCGACCGGCCUGCAUGGGUCUGUGCAUGGAGAGGGUGGGGAAGGCCCUGAACGGGGAGUGGAGCUGGACGGAGUGGAGGAACGGGAGCCUGGAGCUGUGCGAUGCCAGAGGGGGAUGGGAGGAUGGCUGGGAGAGCAUAUUCGACCGUACCGUCGGGAGGGAGGCGGCGACGGUGAGGAGGCGGAUAGCUUCCCUCUACAUGGCCACCUGCGUUAAGGACCUGGAGGAGCUGAGGCGGAAGUCGGCUAGCUGGGACGCGCCGCCGCCAGCCGAUAUCUGCCAGAAAAAGUCAUCGUAA